AUGUUUACAACAUCACCCCUUUCGCAUGCCGGUGUAGACACGCGAGCUAUAUCCUCGUUCCGUAGCAACACGGUAGGCGACCUUCGAAACUCAGCUUCUGCCCGCGAUUACACUGUCUUCGGCUCCAUGUGUCCAGAGUUUCUCGGUCUCUCCGCAACAGACAUUUUGGUCCGUGAGGUGAUGCACUAUAUGGUGGUAAUGCAACGUCGCGACUCUCUUGGGAAACUAUCCAUACAGUACCGAUACGCCGCUCGUGUUCACGUGCAACACAUGGGUCCUGGAGACGUUUUCAAAGUUCUCGUCUUCUUGAGCGGGAGCAUGAAGAUUCACGAUGAAUUUCCAGACGUUCGGGAACGCAUCUCCGAAUGGGAAUUUGUGGGAUACCCGGGUUUCCAGAACGCCAUUGAUGAGAAAGGAGAUGGAAAAAACAACCAAGAUGCAGACAAUUCGCGUGGUAGCGUUGAUGGUAGCGCUAGAAGACUGGAUGCGAACGGGGAAAUGCGCAGCCCUCCAUUCCUCGGGAACCGCAACCAUGCACCACGGCCUCUGCUAACCGGAUUGUACCAGGUCAAUGACAAUGCUAUUACUCCUGAGAACGCUCCGGGGUUCUCGAUUGAGGUAUCAUGCGCGAAGAUAACGCCAGCGACUGCGAGCACGCUACCUAAAAUCCUCAGUAGUGGGUUUGAGUAG